AUGAAUUGGAAAGAUGUAUACAAAAAUGGAAUUGAUUUUAAAACUUUUGAACACGGUAUAGAUAAAAUAUCAUCUUAAAGUGAAGAAAUUAUUCGAAGAAUGUGUAAUUAUGAAAGCUUUAUUAAUUGGAAUUAAUUUGUUGACAUUCUUAAUGGAGUUUCAGGAAAAACACUAGAAUCUAAAGUUGAUAUUUUUAUCAAAGUGGCUGAUACUGAUAAAAGUGGAACCCUUGCUAAAGAAGAAAUAAGUGAAUUAUGUGAAAUAUGCUUGGAUAAAAUUCUACCUAAGUAAGGUGAUGAUGACUAUAUGGUUUAAGAUUUAGUUGAAUAUUUUACAAAGUUACUAUUUGCAAGUUUAGAUGUUGAUAUAGAAGAUGAAAUUCCUUUAUAUAAAUUAAAAGAUGCAAUUGUUUAUGGAAACACAGAAAGUGAUUUGAUAUGCUUUUUUUGUGGAGUAGAUAACACUAAGUGA